GCGCCGUGGCCUUCCCCUCAGCGGGGCGAGUGUCCAGCGGCCCACGUUCUUUCCCUGAUCCUCUUCCCCGUUCCCUGGCGCGGGGGCCUGUGGAUCCCUAUCCCGAGGGACUGCGUGGGCUUUGGUGCGGUGCUCUGCACCGUGAGAGCAGGCCCGUGGCCGUGUUUUGCGGUGACUGAGGUCUCGUCCUCCUCACAGGAGGCAGCAGGAAGACGCACAGUGUGUUUGAGCAGCACCAGGAUGGAGGAGCCCACUGGGAACCUUCCCACCCGGAGAGACGUCAUUCUUUCCGAGUCGUGCUGGGAUCACAUCACCAUAACAAACCUGGUGGAAGUGCUGAGAUCUUUGGUGGCUUUAACUGACCCUCAGGAGGGGAAGCUGACUCAGUCUCAAGAGAAAGCACUAAACUCGCUGGGCAUUUGGAAAACUGUAUUUAGAGCUGUUCCUGGGUCUGCAUCAAAGACCGCAGUGGAGUGACAGCUCGAAGAUGGGAGACCAGGAAGGAGGUGAACCUUUUCUGGGGAUAGUGGCUGAUGGUGCCAGAGACUACGAAGGAGCUCUGCCCUCAGACACGGUGUCACUCAGCGAUUCUGACUCUGAUGACUUGGGGCUGGCAGGUGAAGCAGAAGUUGAUACAAUAUCUCCAGAGGAGCCAUCUGUAGAUGAAGGGGAUUUCAGAUUAGGAGACACAACUGACUCUUCAAACAGCGGUCACAGAUCUCCUGUCCAGCCAUUCCAUCUGAAGGGCAUGAGUUCUACAUUCUCCCUCCGUAGCCAGAACAUUUUUGAUUGCCUGGAAGAGGCAGCCAAGCUGUCUGUGCCCUCAAUGCGUGAUGAUAAUGUUGUUGAUGGGAGGUUUAAGCGUCCAUUGCCUCCGACCACGAUUUCAGGUACCCUGGUCCCAGAAAACAUGGGGAGGCAAGCCAGACCAGUGCAGGCUCCCAAAACCUCUCCUGCAGUGCCUGACUAUAUGGCACACCCAGAGCGCUGGACCAAAUACAGCCUAGAGGGAGUUUCAGAGUCCAGUGACAAGACUAACAGGGCAGUGGCCAUGGAAUUUCUAGGUGGUUUGAAGAAAAGAGGGGAGCAACAGAGCUCGGUUUCCCAAGAUAAUUAUGCCCCAUUCUUCAACCAGGACCCUUCCAGCUGUGGAGCUGGGAGGAUUGUCUUCACCAAACCAAUUAAAAGAGGUGUUGAUGGACUGGAAAAGAAAAGAUUGACAGGAGAGGAUGAUAAGAAACAGAUGAAGACAGAUCUGAAAGGAAAAUCUCUUAGGAAGACUGAUGACUUGAAGGAAGAAGAUAAGGUUGAAUUGGGGCACUUAGACAGUGACAGUGGAAAAGCAGCAGAGGAGGAAGAGUGUGUGAUGGAAGGGGACCAGAACACAGAAUACAAACUUGAUGCAAGGCUUGGUGAUACAGGUGAAGAGCCAUCGCUGGGACCAGUUGGAUUCCACUGCAGUAAGAAGAAGAGCAGGAAAAACUUCAGACAUAAAGUAGAUGAAGGGGAGGAGGAAGAGUCCUGAAGGUUGAAGCACAUUGGAGGCAUCCAAGGACUUGUCUUGUUCUUUUUUUUUUCCUUUUUUUUUUUUUCCUGGCCUGAAAACCAUGUGAUAACUUUUUGUCCAACAGCUUGCAUCAUAGCCACCAAGAAUAUUUUGUAUUGUUCGAAAUUAAGCUGCCUAAAAUAAAUUCCAGACUUUUUGUUUAUGGGAAGUCCAUGGGCACAGGAUAGUUGCAUCCUGGCAGGACAGAAUAAAGUGUGCUUUGUUUGCUUGAAAAGCUCCCUGGGUCUUGCUCUGGAGCUGAAGUAUCCAAAGAAACAGAAGUGUUGGCUAAAAGGCUGCAGGGCUUCCUAGUAAUUCCCAGUUUUGAUAUUGUUCCCAAAUCCUGUGGAAUCCUGGAGAAAAGGUGAUGAGCUCAUUAUGUAGAGAUUUUUAAACAAUGAAAAUAAAACGUAGUCUUCCACUGGAUGUGAUUUCUCCUUGCCCUAUCCCAGGAAGGAAAACCCUUUAAUUUUUUUGUUUAAAAACAUCCUUCUCUCAUUGCCAUUGAGGGUGAAAGCACAGCAAUGCCCUGUUACAUGACAUAAUGAUCUGCAUAUUUGUAUGUGCUUUGCAGGAGGUGCUGCUUCCAUAUUGAUUCUGUAUGUGGAUUGGGGUGUUUGUGGAAGUAUUUAUACCAGAACUGGAGACUUUUUUGUUCUAUGUGAUACAAUAAACUUUUCGUUGUAGCUUGA